AUGUUAAGUGUAAUUUCAGCAGCAUUAGCAGGCGAAAUAUCUGAUAUGGAAGAUAAUGAAGGGCAAGUGAUCAAUCGCAAUAUUACAGUUAACAAAUUAUCAGGUGAUAAUGGACUGUUACGUACUAGUGCAUCAUUGGCUAAGGAAACAAUAUCAUUGGUUCAAGAACAAUUAAUGAAAAGCAAGCAAUUAGAAACACGAGUUGUUCGCUAUCCAAAUGGGAAACCAUUGGCACUUAAUAUUAUUCAUAAAGUAUAUGUUAUUGAAUUAGAAGAUGCUUAUGCAUGGGUUCGUUUAUAUGCUGAUAAUCGACCGCCGUGUUUUGAUGCAGCACAUAUUAUAUUGAAAGCAAUAAAACCGUUGGAAUGGGAGGAAUUAUUACCUGGAACACCAUGUGUGGUACUAACACGUUUUAAUCCUCUUGAUGUCGUCAAUGAUGGAAUAGCGCGUGAACUUACGGAGGUUUAA